AUGCCUCCAGAUUCUUUAUUGGACGAAGAUGACUUAUAUGUAUCCUCAGAAGACUCAGACUUCGCUCUGGAUGAUUCGCCCGACCAGACUUCCGAUCACUCUGACUUAGAAGAUUCCAGCGACAAAACAGCCAACAAAAGAAGUCGCCCACACGAUGAAGCCGAUGCAGGAUAUGACAACUCGGGUGAUGAGGCAAUCAUAAAAAGGGGUGAGAAGCGUCGUAAGAAAACGCAAGCAAAAGGCGUACAUGACCACGACGAGGGUGAGGGCGGUCUGAUCAAGACUCGUAGACAGCGUGCCGCUGAGUAUGUCUCUAGUAUUUACAUCCCUCGGUGCGUUUCACUGACAAGGACUACCAGGAAAGAAGAGCGUCAAUAUGCCACAAACAACGAACCAGUCACUAUUGAUGUUGAUGCGCUAUGGGCGCAAAUGAUAUCCAAACCACCAACUCCGGCAAACAAGGACGAGCGACCCAACGACGCAGACACAAGUACCAACUUCAUCAACAACCCAAGCGACUCAGCUGAGAACAAAUCGCACCCAACAAUAUCCGACCACUCGUCAACAAUGAUACGAAUCAAACGCACGUAUAACUUUGCUGGUCGAAUUCACACAGAGGAAAAGCUGGUUCCGCGUGACUCAGCCGAAGCAAAGCUUUAUCUUGCCUCACAAGGUCAAGAGGCGCCCAAAAAUAGCCCUGAAAAGAGCAUUACCAGAAAGGCGUUCCGAUCAGCCUUCGAGCCUCAGGUAGAUCUUCUUCCCCAUCGGGCAGAUCUGAAUCUCGGAAUGGCCGCCCGGAUCAAGGCUGGCAAAGAAGCACAAGCCAAGAAACUCAAUGUUGUCGAGAAGAGUCGUAUGGACUGGGCUGGUUACGUGGACAAGGAAGGCAUCAAGGAUGAGCUUGAGUUGGCUGGCAAGUCCAAAGAUUCAUACAUGGCCAGAGAGGACUUCUUAGCAAAGAGCGAGGCCAUGAGAGAAGAGGACUCGAGAAGGGCAAGGCUUGCUGGAAAAGUUUGA